CGUAUUUAAGCGCGAGCAGCGGGGAUGAGUGAGCUUCCUGUCAAACUCAGACAUGACAGAUCAAUUGAAGGGACUCUGGCGCGUCUUAAAUAUCUAUUCUUUUUACAUAUAGCGGGAUAUUAGUGUACUAAAGAUGAUGAGGUGCCGUUUUGAUCGCGUUCUAAAUGGGCUGUGAAUCGAAGUGGAGUUAAAUUACCGUCUUUGGCUAACUGGCUAAUGCUAGCGAGCUGGCUGCGAGUGAAAAAAAAUUGAAAGCGGAAGAGUGACGUGCUGGAUUACGAAAGCGGAAGUGCUAGGAUCCAGAUUUUUCGAUCGAAAAGGUUUCUUGGUUGAAACGAAGGAAUGGAUGAAGAAAAAAGAGCAACUUCUGAAAGGAUUCUUCUGGAACCGUACAAGUACUUGUUACAACUGCCAGGAAAACAAGUCAGAACAAAACUCUCUCAAGCGUUCAAUCACUGGCUCAAUGUCCCAGAGGAUAAACUUCAGGUCAUUAUCGGGGUGACGGAGAUGCUGCACAAUGCGAGUCUGCUGAUCGACGACAUUGAAGACAGCUCGAAGCUGCGGCGCGGUUAUCCGGUGGCCCACAGCAUCUACGGCGUCCCGUCGGUCAUCAACUCCGCCAACUACGUCUACUUCCUCGGCCUGGAGAAGGUGCUGAUGCUGGAGCACCCCGAGGCGGUGCGAGUCUUCACCCGUCAGCUUCUGGAGCUUCACCGCGGACAGGGCCUGGACAUCCACUGGCGGGACACCUACACCUGUCCCAGCGAGAGCGAGUACCGGGCCAUGGUGCUCCAGAAGACCGGCGGGCUCUUCGGCCUCGCUGUGGGCCUCAUGCAGCUCUUCUCCGGCUGGAAACAUGAUCUAAAGCCUCUUUUAGACACUUUAGGCCUUUACUUUCAGAUACGGGACGACUACGCCAACCUGAAUUCGCGAGAGUACACCGCCAACAAGAGCUUCUGUGAAGACCUGACGGAAGGGAAGUUCUCCUUCCCCACCAUUCACGCCAUCUGGUCCCGUCCCGAGAGCACGCAGGUGCAGAAUAUCCUGCGGCAGCGCACGGAGAACCUGGACAUUAAACGCUACUGCGUCGACUACCUGGAGAAGGUGGGGUCGUUCGCGUACACGCGGCACACGCUGAGGGAUCUGGAAGUGGAGGCGUAUCGGCUCAUCAAGGAGCUCGGAGGGAAUCCAGAACUGGAGGCCUUGAUGGAGCAUCUGAGUCGCAUGUAUAAAGAGCCUGAGGGCGGGGCUUCUGCUGACCAAUCAGAAGAGCCUGAGGGCGGGGCUUCUGCUGGCCAAUUAAGAGCCUGAGGGCGGAGCUUCUGCUGGUCAAUCAGAAGAGCCUGAGGGCGGGGCUUCUGCUGGCCAAUAAAGAGCCUGAGGGCGGAGUUUCUGCUGGUCAAUCAAAAGAACAUGGGGCGGAGCUUCUGCUGGCCA